AUGAUCGCAUCGUUUUUCAGUGUUACGGGUCAUGUAGCCACUGUAUGUUUGGAGGAUCAAAGGUCCGUGAAUGCUGAAUGGUACACUACCAUUUGCUUGCCAAAAGUCAUCGCGGAAAUACGAAAAUCAAACUUCAAAAGACGGAUCAUUCUUCAUCAUGACAAUGCGGGCUCUCACACGGCCAAGAAAACAAAUGAUUAUUUGACGGCUCAAAGCAUCGAUUUAUUGCACCAUCCUCCGUACAGCCCUGACUUGGCUCCGUGCGAUUUCUUUUUGUUCCCGAAAGUCAAAGAUCAAAUGCGAGGCAUGCGAUUUUCGUCACCCGAAGAAGCAGUUGAUGCAUACAAAAUGCACAUUUUUGAGAUGUCAAAUUCCGACUGGCACAAUUGUUAUGAAGAAUGGUUCCACCGAAUGAAUAAGUGUAUUGACGUUGCGGGAGAGUACUUUGAAAAACAAUAA